GGGCAGGCUAAAUGCCUUUUAAUGGCUAUCAUCGCCUCUUAUCUCUAACCUGACCAAAUUUUGAUCGUUCGAUUUCCCCGAUGGCGCCCUCUGCCUCUCUUCUUCUUCUUCUCCCCCUCAUUUCCCUCUUCAGCCUCAUCUUCACCGCCGCCGUUUCUCAGUCAACAAUCCAGCUCCCCACCGCCGCCUCCCACCACCAGGACGGCGCCGUAGCUUACGAUGACAAGGUCUUCUGCGACAGCUGGAGGCUGUCGGUAGAGACGAACAAUGCCGGCGAUCUUGCUUCCAACAAACCCCUGCGGUGUCGCCAGUACGUGGAAGACUACAUGACCGGAAUCGGCAUCCAGGCCGAUUCCGACAUGCUGGCUUACGCCGCGCUCGCUUACGCCAAGACCGUGGACAUCGCCGGCGACGGCAAGGACGCCUGGGUUUUCGACCUCGACGAGACCCUCCUCACCAAUUUGCCUUACUUCCGAGACUACGAGUUCGGCUACAAGACAGUGAACUUAACUGUGUACUACGAGUGGGUGGAAAUGGCGGUGGCCCCUGCUUUCCCGGCGAGCCUGAAGCUCUACAACGAGCUUAAGGAACUGGGUUUUGCGUUGAUCAUAAUAAGCGGGAGAGGGGAGGGUCAGAGGAGCGCCACCGAGAGGAACCUUGUCAAUGCAGGAUUCACCGGCUGGGAUCGCCUGCUUUUCGGGGAAAAAGCAGACAAAGGGUUGCAGAUGAGAGAGCUCAAGUCGAAGAAGAGGUUGCAGCUGGUGAAGGAAGGGUACAGGCUGCAUGCCAACUAUUCGCACCAGUGGUGCAGCUUGGUGGGAGAGGCCAUGGCGACCAAAUCUUUCAAGUUCCCCAAUCCAAUGUACUACGUCCCCUAGGCCUAGCGUUUCCAGUCAUUGAUGUCUGAAGAGUGUACUUUCAAAGGGCAACUCUCGCCCUCCCUUUUCUUCCGAAUAAGAUGGUACAAUCGGUGUCGAUUGUGAAGCCAUACUAGAGCUCAAACAGA